AUGCCACCAUCGAAAGCAAAUUACUUCAAUCCUCAACUGUACGCUCGACCUUCACCUCACGUAAUUUGGUUGUAUGUCCUAAUUCAGCUCGUGAGCUUCGGGAACAUACCAACAGUAUGCACGAUCAUCCAGAUAGAUGGUCUAUCGACUCAAUCUAACGUCGUGGGAUGAUGAAGAAAACGGAAAGUCGUACUUUGUUAAAAUCAGUGCUUUUGUUCUGGAAUUUGACGCAAGAUAUAUAGGCCAGACUGUUUCUGUAUUUGCAGCAAGCUGCCAUGUGUCUCGCCUUUGAUUAAUGAAAAGGGAAUGCAGUGCUCCACUCUUAUGGCACGUAAACGCUAGACAGCACUUGGAACGAAUCAAAAAUAUAAUCAGGUUUGCUCUUGUGGUUAGGAGUCCAUACAGGCGUGCGGUUCAUAAUGCCUACCGAAGUCUGGUAGCGGCGGGCAGCACACUGUCGUACACGCAACAGAGCUACUUAGAAGCAGUUUUGGAAAUGUGGGAGGGGUCGUGCCAAACACAUAUACUGACAGAAAUAAUUUAAUAAGCAAUUUAUUAUUGGGAAUUGUUCUCGUUUUUAUUGUCGAAGUGAUCUGUCAAUUCUCCUUCAUGAAACUGGUUUUGUGCCAAAGGCAGUGGGGGCUCACCUCGACUCUGAAGCCUUGCUCUUCCAGGAUCGGUCCUGAUCAACUUUAAUUCGUCUUGUUAGCUGACGACGCAGUACUUUGAAGUUUGGAGAAGAGGCGAUAGGACAGACGAGAGGUCCGGCGUUUCGUAGCCCCGUCCGAGGCCAUCGUCAAAAAAGCGAAAACAUGCGGCUCAGUUUAUGCACGGACUCAUUCAGCCGCGCCACUGAUUCGUACUCGUAGUACACGGUUAGCAGGCAACAGAUCACCAGACCUGUUUGGAUGUCUGGCUUCCAGCGGUUGAUGCAAAACGCGGCCAUUUGACUGGCUUACUAAUGUCACGGGAUCAAAAACGAAGAUGUACCAUGGGAAACGUGCGUGGAUGGCCACCAGGGCAAUGUGUCUUUUUGUCUAACAGCAAGUUUGCAUUCAUGCGUCUUCGUCCCGACUUGUUUACCGGUUUCACCAACACAAAUGCAUUCAGUCCGUCGAAUGGCGUCAGAUUUCUAACUAAGCGCUAUGAGCCCUUGUCACAUUUACGCAUGCAGCCUACAUCCUACAUCCAGCAACCUCAUUAGUUUAUGGAUCUCUUCCGCCAAACCAGCGCCGUGUGACACAGAAUGCCGUAGGCUUUAUCUUUUCGUUUCUCACGUAGACUGUUCGCCGACAUUUCUAGGAAAGGCUCGAGAGGAACUGGAUGGCUCUGAAGAGCUUUCGGGGAUGUUGUGUUGCUUUGUUUUAUCGUCCGGCUCAUUACAAUGCGUUUAAGCGCGGCAGUAAUGCAUCCUUACGCAUCCGCGUUUGUUUGAAAUGUAGCUGUUGUUGUUGGAGGGGAUCUAGGGCUGCCCGGUUGGGGGGGAGGGUGAGGCAUCGUGUACGGAUGGUCGGCGGUGGCUGCUCUUACGGCCCCUAACUGGCAUCCAACUGUCAUUUGGGACUCCUCGAGGCUAAGCACUGCUUGGCGAUCACACCCCGAUAAUCUCCUCGAUCGGCGAGCUCAAACACAUGAUGAAUGUGGGCGAACAAUGGGGGCUGGAUGUUGCUGCACAAGUUCGUUUUUAUUUGACGUCAUCUGGCACACACUCGAGUGUGUGGUAGUAGGCGAAUGUCUCUGCGGAGGCAGACAAUCGAGGAUUUCCUUUAGCUUGACUAAAACGACUUCAGUGGCUUACACUUUAUGAAUUUGUUUUACUCCUUUAAAACAUAUGUCGUUGACAGAGUUUUUUGCUUGCCGCGGCUGAAACCGCCCAAAACCUCCUGUUUCUUGAAUUGCUGUGUCCUAUUUGCGACGUAUACUUUAUGGGACUUUUUUCACGUUUCCUUUUUUUCUAAUUAGACAGGUAGAAUUGCAUUCAGACGGACCCGAGAAGUCUGAUGAAAAGCAAUACCUCUUUGAUAACAGCGACAUUUCUGACAGAACGUUUGAUUCCACAGAAAAUUUGAUAGAUUCUUCCCGGGACGGAAACAAUCAGAAUUCUGCGCCCCCGCGGAUAGCAGGGACUCCUCAGUCUCCAGUCACUACGCCCUCAGAAAGGGGCCCGUCGCUGACACGCCACUCUCCGCAGGCGCCAAUCUUCAGCACUGCAGGAGCUUCACAUGACGGCGAGAUGGUUGGAUACGUCCCACUAUCCAAUGACCUCGAACCCGCAAGGCUGGCGAAUAGCGAUAGCCAAUGUUUAGUGCAGGAGGUGCAAGAGUUGAGUUCUUCGGGCUUUUUGAAACCCGCCAGACCUCCACCUCCAACGCAGACGGUUAUUAAUAAGAACUCCAAUACCUAUCAGCGUGUUAUGGCCUCGGAUAAUAGGACGCACGAACGGGAGCGAUCAGCACGAUAUCGCCCCUCUAGCAUGACUGCCCCGAUGAGCGUCAAACCGCGUACUGGUGUGGUCUACUCUGGGCCGGUGCCUAGUCUGCGGUCUAAUAGAAACAGUACCGAGGGCACGCCUCAUCAGCAGCUAAAGGCAGACGUGAGUCCAGUUAAUCAGCGAACAACCCGACCGCAACAGCAAAGCCGCCCUGGAGUGCAUCAGCCGAAACGACAUCCCGUGGACCGUACCGGAAUCCCAACAUCUAACUCCUCUCAAGACCUGCAAUCUGAAGGGGCGGAUCAAGAAAUGGUAGUUGUUGGAACAUGUACUGCCCUCUACGACUUCACAAGUAAGUCUCGGGAAAAGUGGAUACUGAUCUUUUAUUAGGUUUUGGCCGUUGCUGGCCUUAGGCGCAUUUCUGCUAUCAUCUUCCGUACCAGGUUAAACAAAAUAAGUUAAUACAAUUGAAGUGGUGUGUCAUCUUGUCUUGGUUAUGCUGUGCGACACUGCAUUUCGUACUCGCUUGAGUCGAAAAGAAGAUAUUUAACGCAGGGGACUUUCCUGCGGAUGCAGAAGUAGGGAUUUCCACCAGAUAAUGAGUUUAUAAAACUGGACUCUUUUUCUUGUUCCAGAAAAAUAGCGGAUAAUGUAAGUCCACAUCGUUUAAAGUGGAAAUUGGUCCACUGCAUGGUCUCAUGUUCGUGAAAAUGGGUACACUGACCUUGGGGAUAGUCCCGGACUGUGGACCGCAUGAUUUACCUUGUUCUCGUAUAACCUGACGAGUGGAUUCGGGGGGUUCACGCAUGCCGUGACCGAGUCGUGGUUGUUUUUUCAUGCCUCGAUGAUCUCUUGGGACAUCUUGUUCCUAGUCCAUCUAAGUGUCUGCUUCGAAGAUGCAGUUCUGUUCUAAACUUGGUUUCCAGUUUGAUCUGUAUAACCGCAGGGGCAGUCAGCGCACGGAAAGCGGUAGUGGAAAGCAUGCUAUUGGCUCGGUACGUUCAGUCCUAUGCGCACAUCAACCAGUUAAUGUUAUGAACUUGCCGCAAGUCUCAUUGGUCGCCAGUCCAACAGCUCCUCUUGACCGAAUCCCAAACCAGAACUCAAUAGCAAGAACUGAAAAAAAAAUAAUUGGUAUAUUCUCUGCCUAUCUAAGCCAAAAGUAACUCAUGGAAUGACUAAGGUCGGACUGGAAUUCAACGAAUCAGAUAGCGGCCUUGAGUGGCAAGCACGUCCGCUGAACUCCUGGCCCAUCUGACUGGUGAGGUAAACCUCCAAUCCUGUCGGGAACUGGCGCAGCAUCAGCACAAGCACGGCGUGUAGGCGGAUCGGUAGGGCGGCGCCCUAAUAGUUACGUGUUGUGCUAGCCGGAGAGUGUGUAGGUUCGGGCAUGGGUGGGUGGCGAUUACUGUUAAGCAAGAAAUGGACGCCUCAAUCUCCCUUGUCUUUUCGGAGCUCCCUUCAGAUGAUGGAACCCCUUGUCCUCACUGGGCAGUCAAAGUAUUUAUUUCCCGAAAAAUCUUAUCGCACAGCGAACAGAACUGUUAUGACCCGGACCGAAUGCGUACCCGACUGUUGUCCCAACCACCAACACGGCAGCAAAAAGAGAACUCGACCAGCCAUGAGGAAAUGCACUAACUUACAAGUCGUUCCACUGAAAAAUGGCACCUAUUUAUAACACCCUGUUCCGUUUGACUAGGUUUCCCUCCAAUAAGCUUUGAGAAGAAAGUUCUAGACUAACCGAGCAACUUCUCGCAGACACGGACCCAUCAGGUUCUAGGAGGCAGCCAACGGCGAGACGCCACUGGCAGGAUGUUAACAGCAUGACAGAAAGUGUGCGCACAUGCUUUCCAGUCAGUGCCUGGCUCUUUUUGAGGCAGCCAAAAUAGACACGGUUCUGUGUGCGGAAGACGAAAUGUGUGCUUUCUCAUCAGCAGUGCGACCGACUAGUUCGUGCGUACACUCUAAAAACGAACUGGUGGGUUGUUGACUAGAUGGUAGGAAAGUAACCACGGGACCUGUUAGCAAGUGGGCAUGUCAACCAUUUACUUCUCAGCUCUGGCAUUUCAAUGAAUUUUUGCUUCUUUGUUUUCUUGCGACCAGAAUGAGGAGCUCCGUUCGCAGCGGAAAACAUGUAUAGCUGUUGUACAGCAUUUUCGAUUAGACUGAUGUAGACAAACAGUGAACGCGAGGCCGCAUUAUUGACAGACACAAGGAAAGAUCAGACUUUCAUUUAGAGACCGACGACAUUUUAAAAAUAACAUUUCUUGACCCCACGAAAAACUGAGAUUUAUUUAUCGUUAAAAUAGGAAGUUGACGUGAGCAGUUAAUUCCCCUCAAUGGCACACGAAUGUAUUCGGCAUGCGGCAUUACUAUUUAACAAUAAAAAAAAGUAUGCGAUGUCGUUUUCGCUUCUUAUGUAAUCUGUUCCUCUCGUCAUUGAAGAAAAUUUUCGCACUUUACUGGACGGAAGUAUGUGGGCAGCAGUUAAAGAGAAACUGGAAUAACCGCCUUGGCGUGCCUUCAGUCAUUAGCCAGAUUUCCAUGAACAGCUACGUUACGCAUCCUAUUAUGCCCUAUCGUUGCCUUACGUGGCCUACCUGGCUGCCAAAAAUAUCACAUAAUCUGGUCUCACUACUUUUGAUCAACCGACCACAAUGGUUCCACUCUCAUAACAAACAUCGGAUGAUUUUCUGCUGUUUCCUCUUCAAACGGUGCACUUUUUAGCUGUGUUUAAAAUAUUUAUACUUUCUGUUUCAAGGUAAUUGGUUCACAGCUUUCUAGAUUUCAACUCUUAGAUAUUUGAACGCCAACUUUUGCAAUGCACUGCAAUAGAAAACUAAAAAUGAUUUGCCGCGAUCCCAAACAUAGACACUUGCACCAGACUUUAGUGUCGACUUAUUGUACCUACCGGCGGUUGGUCUAACAAAUGCAAUUUCCGCAUCGAGUUUCAUGUCGCCUCUGCGUCCCAGUGAUCAUAAAACGUUGGGUUACCGACAGCUUACUUCAAAUCUGAAUUUAGAUGAUACUUUAAAAUUAGAUUUCCGGAGAUACGUCAGUAAGCAUACGUUUCAAAUAAAUUUUCGCCGGAUCUGUAGGUUCAUAAGACAAACUACUGCCUAGGUGGAAGUUGCGGAAGAAGAAUUUGUAUUUCGUUAACCAUACAGUAAGAGACCACAGUGCCAAGUGUUCUGUGUUCUCCGACCGAUUGAAACGUUUGCUUAACCCUCUUCUAAAUCAUUUGCUGGAAAUUUUUGCUGAUCUAAGAAACCCUGAGUUGUGGACUGGGUUUUAAAACAAACUAUACGAGGAUCUCCAAGGAACUAAUUGUGAAGCGAAAAUCCUUAAAAAUGUACCAUAGAGCAUUAAUUUACAAAACGUACAAAAGAUAGUUAGAAGGUGCGCCCGGACUUUUGGUAAGUAUUUCCGCCCGGGUUAGGGUAUACGAGCCUGGCAAGGCUCUGUUUAUGAUGCUGACUGCCGACCCUCGGAUGCCUCAACGCAGCGUAGUCAUUGUUCUUCCAUAUACAUGCUCCGUUAAGAUUUUUGUGAAAGGAAUCAGAUCAGCGUUUGAUUUCAAUCAUUUUUCUCGAACAGUUGAAAGCUGAGCAGCCUCCUUCUUGAUUAUUGAAGUGCGGUUAGUUCGGAAGGACCAACAGGGCAGACGCUUUUAUUCUUCACUCUCUCCCUCUCCUAGUGAGCUGCUGUGCUAAUGACAUAACUUACUUUUCGAGAAGCCGGCCUUUGUUUUUCAAGGCUGUACUGAUGUCUUUAGGUGUUUGCUUUUCCAUUGGCAUAAGAUCCUGAAAUGAGCAAUGAUCCUAUUCGAUCCCCUUUCUUUGCCUUUAUGAAAUGUGGCCGGUGUCAAAACUGUGUGUUACUGUCCUCUCAGGCGAGCAGUUUGGGACGUCCUUCCUCUCCUUCAAGCAGGGCGAUGAGUUCGAUGUGCUGGCCUCCAGGGGGCAGUUUCCCAAUUCACUGGAUAUCGAAGGCUGGUACUAUGCUGAGAAGACCAAUCCCGCAAAUAGCAACCCCAAAUUCGGUUUCAUUCCUGCCAGUUUUGUGCAGGUAGACAUAUUUACCGAGGCUGUGCCCCUGUCAAGAACUUCUUCCGAACUCUACCGCGCCCACUUGUCUGGAACAGUUACGAUCAACGACGAUCACAGUAAGCAGCAUGACGUCCUUGUCAGCCGUCAACAUAAAAACUACCAAAAUAUGGCCCUAGGACAGGCAACUGAACUCUGA